UAAUCCAAUAUGGCGGAGUACUUUGGCUAUCACCUGUGAAAUUCAGGUUCAUAGUUCCAGAUUAUUCUAGGAAUAGAAAAUAUGACUGAUAUACACAAUCAAGAAAUUACUGGAAAAGAGACGGAUUCAACGACAACAUGGAUUUUGCUGCAGAUAGCUGAUUCAGCAUUUCCUACUGGAGGAUUCUCACAUAGUUUUGGAUUUGAAUCUGCAACAAAACAUGGCUUUGUAACAGAGUAUAGUGCAUUCAAAGCUUUUUUGUUCUCUUGCCUUCAAAACACAGCAUCAUUCAGUCUCUCUUUUGUCAAUGAAUCACACAAGAAUUGCCAUGAUGUUGAGAGGAUCAAAGAGUUGGAUGGAAUGGUUCAAGCUUACCUCAGUAACCAUGUAGCAAACAGAGCAAGCAUCAGGCAGGGAAACUCCUUACUUGACACAGCUUGCAAAACAUUUGGAAAACAAGAAAUGAAAAACUUACAGGUCCAACUCGAGAACAAAUCCCUCUUUGGUCACUUUGCCGUUGUGUUUGGCUUCAUGUGCGGCAUGUUAAACCUCUCUGUGGUCCAAACACAACAACUUUUCCUUUUCUCGACUCUCCGAACGGUAAUUGCCAGUGCUGUGAGACUUGGUAAUAUUGGACCGUUACAGGCUCAAUCCAUCCAAUUUGAAAUGCAGAAGACAGCAGAAGAAAUAAGGAAAAAGUUCGAAAUGACCACCGUGGAGGAAGCAACAACAACAGCCCCCGUUGCUGACUUUCUUCAGGGUGCUCACGACAACCUGUUUUCAAAACUUUUCUACUCGUGAAAAGAGGCAUGGAAAUGUCGUUAAUUCCGAAUGACUGGUCGUCAAUGUAGCGCCUCUAAAUGAAACAGGUCGAGGUAAAAGAACUGCAAGUUAUGUGAAGUUUUCGUGGUGAAUAACCAGAGAUCUCUACACGUUUUGUAGGGGCUGUGAUCGAAGCAAUAACGUGUCUCGAGCGCCGGAAAGCUAUAGCACGCGAGGGCUACAAUGCGGUCAACAAGGCAGUGAUCCAUUUGGGUAGUCCACAUAAAUGUAAUAAAAACAUGGAAAACUGUG